CUGUCAUAUACUACUAAAAUGGUGGACUGUACCCGUGGGAGUUAAAAACCAAACCUCAAAGAAGGGGGCAGCAGGGUGGGUAGCCAAAUCGUUGUUGCCCAGAAGUUGGAUUUUGGCACUUAUCUUCACAAAAUUCCAUUUCCUCCUCUUUUUCUACGGCCCUUUUCCUUCAAAUAAUAAAUAAAAAUCAAUUUUUUAAUGAUGAAUCUACAGUGUGUAGGUAGUAUUACUAUAACACGGUAGAUGGAUUAUGUGUACACGUUUUCUCCUGAAGAGAGUUACAACGUUAUUAACAUCUACAAAAAUCCAGGCCCCCCUCUCCCUCUACCAGACCCGGUGGUGGUCAUCAUAUAUAACAAUCAGAGCGACGACUCGUCUUACUAUUUUUCUUUAUCAUUCUCUUAAUCAAUUCAUUUCCACCUCCAAUUCUUCUUCUUCUUCUUCUUCUUCUUCCGCUUCCCCCCCGAUUCUCUUCCUUUCAGCUGCUUUCCGUACACAAAAUUUCAAGUCGCUUUGGGUUUCUUGAUUUUUCCAAACAUCAUCUGAAAUCGGCUGCAUGUCAGAGUCAACUCUUCAAGCUUCUCCUAAGGUGGGUGUAGUUUCAAGGUCUAACUUUUGUUAUGUGAAUCUAAUUUUAGUUUCCCUUUUUCCCUUUUCUCUUUCUAUUUUCUUGAACGAUUAUGUGUAUGGUGAAGAAGGGGCAGCAGGGAGGAUAUAUUUGAGGGUUUAGCUUAAGCUAUUAUUUCAACCAGACUUUUUAACCAAAUUAAUCAGUUCUGUCUGCAAUUCAUAAAUUGCUACCGGUUCUAGAAAAGAUAAAGGUAGUAGCUUUAGGCAUGAUCUAGACUGAACAAGAUAUUCUUGUUUUGCUUUUUCCUUUUCUUUUCUCCAGAUAAAGAAAAAGAAAAAAAAAUUGGAAUUAUUUGUUACGUUACACAGCGAAGAAGGAAGUAAUUAGAUUAUUCUUUGGGGGUUUGGUUAUAAUCUGUCCUGGAGAUGAUAGGCCUAAAGGGAACAUUUUUUGUUGCCACUGCUUGCAAUUCAAAAUUUUUGCAACCGGACAGAGAAAACAAAUUGAGGGGAUAACUUUAUGCUUGAUGAUCUCGGUUGAAGAACUUUUAAUGACCCCAAAGUAGUGAUUUUGUUUUUCUGCCUUGUAUUCCAAAGUUUACAGUGAGGAAGUUAAAAGAAAUUGAGGGGUAGUAGCUCUGCUUAUGAUCUCUGUUGAAAAAGAAGAAGGUUGACCCAUAGAACUGUUUUUCAGUUUCUGCCUAUAAUCUUGAGGUUGCAAGAGAGAACAAUUUGAUAAAUAAAUAUAUUAUUUUUGUUCUGGAUUGAAGAAAUUUGAUUCAUCGAUGUGAUCUUAAUUUCUGCAGAUGUGCUUGUGAGCAAAUUUGCUCCUCCUUUGUGUUGUUUUUGGUGUAGGAAAACCAAAUCCUUACCUUUGUCAGAACUCUUGGUGCCUCAUUUUGUUUCUUUUAUGAGUUAAAACACUAGGUUCUUUGUCAUUUUCUCUUUUUUGUUCUUCACCACCCUGGUGGAUUUUUUUAUUUUAACAAAGGUGGAAAUAAAGAUUUUUCUGUAUAGAACUUGGAUCCAACUCCUUUGUUUUCUUCCUCUAUAUCUUCAGCCAUGGACCGCUUUUAAAUCAGAAGAAGGGUUUCUUGCUGUUUUCUUUGAUUUAUGGAUUUUGAUGUGAUUCCUUGCUGCAAAUGUUUUGCUUUUGUUCAUUUCCCAGAUUUCUGUCCUAACAGCAUCAGGUAUUACUAAGGUGCCCCUUCAGAUUUGGGGGUUCUUUUAGGCUGAGUCAGCUGAUUAUUUUGUUGAUUAUAGCAAAUGCUCUGUAAAAUAUCUAUUUACACAGGCCCAGCUUUAUUUUGUAGAUUUCUUUUCCCCUUCGAGCAUAACCAACGUAAAUGAUUCACAUCAACCUCUUAUCCUCGCUUUGUUUAUUGUCUUGAUUGAGCUUGAACUGCAAUCAUUCCAAUCUUCUCAUCUCAAGAUGGUCGCCUAGAAAAAGUGUUUUCCGACUUCAUUGCUGCUUUUGAUUCGGUUAUAUCUCAGAUGCAAGCAUCUCAGGCUUCUCAGCAGUCAUCAGAAGCCGUCCACAUGUUGUACCAUCAACCAUUUCAGCCGGUUGAACCAUUUAACCUAUCCCCUUUCCAGGUAUUGAACAGCAAUAUUCGUGUGGAUAGUAACAGCCCCGGGGCCGAACUUUCGUUUCAAACAACUAAAAAAGAUCAGUUUUUCACUUUGGAAUCUCUUCCACCAACUGCCUAUGUUACCCAUGAUUCCCCUUCUGCUGUGAGCAUCUCAUCCAACAUCAGUCCUUUCUCACCACCGAGUUCGUACGUGUCCGAUGUUCAUCAUAAUUCUUCUGAUAACACUUAUGGUUCACCAUUGAGCAGCUCAUCUGGGGUGGUAGAUGGCAACGAGUUGAGGCAUGUUUUACGAGAAUUGGAAAGUAAACUCAUGGAUGAAUCUGAAAUCGAUGACAGCUGUAGUUGUUCUGUCAACAAUGCUGUAAUCCAGCAACAGCCUUUUUCAGCAAGAAGCUACCAGUUGUUGCAAAUGGCCCAUACCAUGGACUUGAAACAGUUGCUUCUUGCUUGUGCCGAAACAGUAUCAAAUGCCGAUAUGUACACCUCAGAAAGGUUAAUGAAUGUGUUGGAACAAAGGGUUUCUGUCUCAGGGGAGCCACUUGAGAGACUUAGUGCGUACAUGUUGGAAGGGCUUCGGGCGAGGCUUUUGUCAUCAGGGAGCAUUAUAUACAAGAAGCUGAAAUGCAAAGAACCUACUGGACCAGAACUGAUGUCGUACAUGUCCGUCCUAUAUCAGAUAUGUCCGUACUACAAGUUUGCCUACAUGUCGGCCAAUGUCAUUAUUGGGGAAGCGAUGGAAAACGAGAGCAGAAUCCAUAUAAUUGAUUUUCAGAUUGCUCAGGGAAGCCAGUGGGUGUCUUUCAUUCAGGCUCUUGCUCAUCGGCCUGGUGGGCCUCCUUAUCUUCGCGUGACAGGCGUUGAUGAUUCUCAAUCAACUACCGCUCGGGGAGGAGGACUUCACCUGGUAGGCCAAAGGUUAGCCAAAGUAGCCGAGUCUUGUGGGGUGCCAUUUGAAUUCCAUGGUGCGGCCAUUUCAGGAUGCGAAGUGCAGCUUGAGAAUCUCAGGGUCCGCCAUGGUGAAGCCCUGGCUGUUAAUUUUCCUUACAUGCUGCACCACAUGCCUGAUGAGAGCGUAAACACAAUGAAUCACCGGGACCGCCUGUUACGCCUGGUGAAGAGCUUGUCACCAAAGGUAGUUACCCUAAUUGAGCAGGAAUCAAACACAAACACUGCCCCAUUUUUUCCUCGGUUCUGUGAAACCCUAGAUUAUUACACGGCCAUGUUUGAGUCAAUAGAUGCUGCCCGGCCAAGGGAUGAUAAGCAGAGAAUAAGUGCAGAGGAACACUGUGUGGCGCGGGACAUUGUGAACAUUGUAGCGUGUGAAGGGGCGGACCGGGUAGAAAGGCACGAACUAUUUGGCAAGUGGAGGUUGAGGCUCAUGAUGGCGGGAUUCGUUCCGUGCCCAUUGAGUUUCUCGGUUGGGAACGCCAUUCGGGACAUGCUGAAGGAGUACAGCAUGAAUUACAGGCUUGGGGAGAAAGACGGUGCCCUUUACCUUGGAUGGAAGAACAGGCCUCUUGCAACAUGUUCUGCCUGGAGAUGAGGCCCUAGCAUUGAUACUGCCCAAACUGUUGUGAUAAGUUUGCUUACAUUACUUCUAUGUGGAUGCAACUAUUUUUAGUCUGACUAGCAGGAACUAGUUAGAAUCCUUUUUGUUCCUUUUUAAAUGUCUAAAUUUAGAGGGGCUUGGAAGACUUAUCUUUUGUAAAAUUAACAAUAGCCAGCAAUAUAUAGAGAGUUUCUGAAACGUCCUUGUUGGGGGAAAGACUGUGAGUGUAAAACCUCAAGUACAGCAGUUCUUGUUGGGGAAAAGACACAGAGACCUCAAGAAAGGAGUUGUGCUUUAUGUUGUCCAGUUCAUACACAUAAGAAUACAAGAUAGCUGUUUAAACUCAACAAUAUAUGUUUAUCCUUGUGCUGUUCAAGUGCAGAAGUGAUGAUAAAGGGGGCAUCACGAAACACGACUUACGGUCACAUACACUUUAGCUUUUAUGUUUUGAUUAUUUUCCUCCAUAAAAAUGCGAUUUGGCUACUUGAAGUUUUCCAGUCUUUGUUGGUUAUUGCAAAUGAGGAUCCCCUCCAGUCUCAAAAGGUUUGAUGAAAGGUUAAGUGGAUGAUAUAGAACUAAUUAGAAGUAUCAAGUUAGUACAUGAAAUCAAGCAGAACAGAAAGUAAACUUAGGAUUGGAUCAAACUUGCCAUUCUAAAAACAUGGCCUUAAACCCCUAUGUAUAUCUAGUUCCGAAGGAUAGCAUCACAAGGAAGGUUUGUAAGGACGCAAGGCUCCGUACAUCUCAAACUCAAAGGAGAAUAUUGUGGACUGCCAUCAGACAUAUAGAGUUUCUUCUUCACAGGGUUGAUCAGGCAACCAAAAUAUGGUGAUUUGAAGGAGAUUCGUAGGGCCAUCAGGCUGUCAUCCUUGGUCAAUCAACAUCCUCCUUGAUUGCGGAAAUGUGGUUAUUAAUACUGCUGAAGUAUACGUGUAGUUUACGUUGUCAUUCUUCUUUUGUUUUUUGGCAUUUGGAAAGAACCCUCACUUUCCCUUGAGUUGAAGACUAAGACAUCAAAGCAAGCAGGAAAAUACUCCAGCCAAAUCUUGAACUUAAAAAAUGUCAACUUGAUAUGUCAGAGAAGAGAAGGAAAUUGGUAGCAAUGGAAAUAAGAAAGGCAAAAGUGCUCACCAAGGGGUUUCAAUAUGAGCAUGUUGCAAGUUAAGGAAAAUCGAAUGUUCACAUGAUUUCUUCCGGUUCAACAUUUGGCGAUGAAGUGCAAACAUCUGCAAAUUUUGUGGAGAAUGUUGUCAAAAUAAGGGAUCUACGGAUCAUGUCUUAACACACAGAUUUCUCUAGCACAUCUUACUUGUCUGAGAAUAUGACUGUGGAUGAUAUGCAUAACUUUGAAUACUUGUAGAGUAAAUCAUAUUCGUAUUUCUUUUUAUUUUGGUAGAUAUGUGAAACUCUUACAGGAAGUAUACUGCUUGAACUUUGAAAUUAAAAUACCUUAAAAUCUAUACAAUGCACGGGCAAAUUAAUAAUAAAUUAUAACAGUAAC